AUGGCGACCUCUCAUCACAGACAGUGCUCGAUUUGCCUAGAAGAUUUCAAAAAACCCAAAUUUAUUGAUUGUCAUCACACUUUUUGUUUAGAAUGUCUUCGAGGUUUGAGCACAUAUGCUCCAAGACCUCUGAAAUGCCCUGUUUGUAUGAGGGUAUUUAAUCUACCAACUGGAGGUGUGGAUCAUCUGACGGCUAAUUUUUACAUGGACGUCAAUGAAGAUUCACAAGAAGAAGAUGAAGGCAAGGUAAUUGGACAAGAAAAACAGCAAAAACAGAAGAAUAUUGAGAAACGAAUAGCAGAACGUAAAGCAAUUCAGCUGAAAUUCCUAUUCGAUUUAAGAUAUACGGAAUCAUUCGGUGGUGUUUUUUUCAUGUUCCAUUUAUUUAAGAACAAUACAGAUGAAUGGGGAGAAACUUUAGCAUUACGUAUUUUUCUGUCUAAGAAGGAAAGCCCCUUCGUUCAUUCCUGUCAAGUAGACCAUUAUAUCACUCUAGUAAAUCAGAAAGAUAUAAAGUUUUCAACGAAACGAACUGGACAAUGUAGCUUUCUACAAGUCGCCGACCAUCCUUAUAGCACUAAAUUUGAGAUUGAUUUGAUAAAAUUUUCUCAUGUGACGGACCCAGAUUAUGGUUUUAUCGUAAAGAAGUCUAAAGACAUUUUCACCUUUAGGUUCCUGAUUGGCAUUAUUCUGACAAAAAUUAAGAAAGUCGAGUUUAAUUUAGAUUGA